GAAAACGGAGUCACUACCGGACCAGCUCCCCGCUUAGAUGCGGGGAGAGUGAGCCGGACCCUCUAACCCCCAAUCCUCCACUACCUCCCCAAGACAGGGGCCAGCGCGCGCAUGCUGCCGGUCACAGACUCCAGUCAAGCCCCCCAGUCCACUUUCUGGAGACCCAGUGUUCAGUUGCACGCCACUAUCUUAGUAACAUCACCUAUAUUGGUGGUCUCCACAUAUACAAAUAAAACAAAUAUUGCUGCUGGUCUAGACAGGUGAAGGUUUAUUGACCCUAAGCAUUAUGUGAGCCGGUAUUGCACCUCAUCUUAAUUCUUACGACGGAACUGAGCAAGUGAAAAGUGUAGUACCACAUAUUCGUUACUAUUAACAAAUAGUGCCAGGAAAUUAUUGUGAAUUACAAAAUACUCUAUAUACAAGAGAAUCUGCACAGUGAAACAUAAUUCAAGAGAACAAAGUGGCUCCACCUGGACUACCAGUUCCUAACCAACAUAUAAGAGCAGUUAGGAGAUACCAGUGCUACCUGUGUUGAUCACAUCUACUUCGAGGUGAUUAACCUGUUUUAAGCUGCAAGCACACCAUUGAUAAGGUCAUAAGGGACAGAAUAUCCUCUACCCACUCAGGCUCAUCUUCAAAGCCUUCAAAAUCCCUGGCUGUCACAAAGCCAGGCUACAAUUUAUUCCAUGCUGACUGCAUGGUCCUGGAAGACACAUUACCCCAGGCUUUGUCUAUAAGCCUCAAACAGACAUGUGGUGGGUGAAAGUGCUGAUGGUGGUGUGGGGCGUGUGGAUGGUGGAGGCAAAACCAGAAGCACGAGGACCAACAUGGGCAGAAGUGAUGGGUGCUCUCCCUAGAAAGACUUCACAACAUACUGUCCAGAAAGCAGAUAACAAAAAUAACUAUAAUGAUGACUAUGACAGCAGUUUUUUUGGCAAUUCUGACUAUGUUUAUGUAGACACAGAUGAUGAAAACUACAAGCCACCGCCGCCUCAACCGAAAGACGAGAACCCUCAGGCAGCUGAGAGGCGUACUCUUGACUUCCUUUUCCACACCUUCAUGGACAGCAACAAACCACGCCAGGGAAAUGAUGGACGACCAACACGCGAUACCACCACCACCACUCGCCGACCCACACUUAUUGAAGCCGUCUUCAAGACCAUUGAUGACCACAUCCUUGAAGACCUUAAGGAGUGGUCAAACUACAUGUCCCAUGAUGACAAAGCACCCACCACACUACCACCAACAAAUUUGGCUCAGGCUGCAGCCAUACAACAAGCCUCACCCAAUAAUGAUGAACUGCUUCUAGUGACAGAUGAAAAAGGACAGCAGCAUAUUGUUACUAUUAAUGAUAUUGUCACUUCCCUUGGCCAUCUUGAUGAGAAAACACUAACUGAGCUCCUACUGCCUCCUCAACAAAAUGUUGCUGCUGUUGAGUCUAACCGCAGGAUUUUCUCCCCCUUGCCACCCUCCAAACUGACUGAGAAUGACUCUGUUCUUCCUCAGUCAAAACCUGUCUUACUAGGCACUACAACGAGUAAUAAUAUUCCAAGAUCAGUGAGACACACAGGCUCCAUUAAGAAUGUUACUGAGAGUGAAAAUGAAGUGUACAUGGUGCAGGAUGAGCAGGGAAUAGUCCAUGUUGUCUCCCUUAAUGAAAUUUUAACUUCUUUAUCACAGCUCAAUGAAGAGAGUGUGAAUGAGCUGCUCUUUGGGCCACCUGAUGGGACAACAAAUUCCUUAUCCUCCACUCCAGUGAUAGAUCCAACUCUUGCUCUUUCCCAAUCUGUACUUUCCAAAAAGACUUCAGCUUCCAUACCUACUAAAACUCAUGGGUUAGAAGCAAUCUCAACACCAAGUGCACCCAUUAGUAAUAAUCCUUUCCCUAGCGCAAAAGUCACUUCGGACCACAAUAAAAACAGUGUGUCCAAUCAUGAAGCUUCUGUCUUCCUUAAUCAGCAAGACUCAACUCAAAAAGCAGCAACUCAGCCAGCAAUUCCUACCAAACUUCCAGCACAACAAAUUAGGGGAUCACUGGUACGUACUGAUUCAGAAGGUAACAUUUACAUAACUCCCAAACCAGGUCAGUCAUACAAUAUCCAAGAUAUUUUAGCUAUAGCAGAACAAACAGCACAACCAUCUGCUGCUGAAUUGCCACCAAGUACAAAUACUAAUAAUUUCCUAAAGCAAAAUGAGAAAGAGCAAAAUCCACACAGAGGACAAGAAGUCUUAUCGUUUUUGGCUGGUUCAGGUGCCAAAUUGCCUACCACCAUCCAACCAACUGUGCCAACAGCAUCAGCUCUCAGUAAGCAUCAGCCUAAUGUUAAUGCCCUCCAGCAGUCUCUGAUACGGGCAUUCCAACAACAAUCUCCUACAAAUUCUGGAGCACAUCCACUGACACAAUACCUAACUUCUCAGCCCAUUAUUCAACCUAUUGUGCAGCCAACAUUACAACCUGUAACACAACCUCCUCCUGGAGGAUUUGGUGCCACCCUGUCUGGGUUGUUUUCACGGCUGCUAGGUUACCCAGAAGAGAAGCAGCAGCAGGUGCCACAGCAGCUGCAGCCCACCCCACCCACAAAUAACCCAGAGUACAUCAAUUUAGUGGUGAAGCAACAGGGACGCAAUAAUAAUGAUGGUAUAUUUGGCGCUGUCACCAUACCGCUUCCAAAGCCCAUUCAUUACCAGCAAAAAAAAUCAGUACAGCUACCAAAUAGUCUUCAGGAUUCUUCCCAGAGCUCUCCUGGUGAUAAAGGUGAGCCUCUCCCAUCUAUUUUGCAUAACCUUUCUCCAACAGUACAGGAGACACUCAGAAGUCAAAUGAACAAUAAACCACGGUUCAUACCACCAGGAGCCCAAAGACAGGCACUUUCUAUUGCUACAUCCAGAAUGGACACAGGCCCUUUGAACACACAUGACACUGAAGAGAAAGAAUUACCUUUCACAACUACUACUUCUACAAAAAUUAAUCCUUCUCUCUUCGCCAAUCUGCCUUCACAAAUGAAGCAAAAGCUUAGGCAAAGGUUACUUAAUGAACAUUUAAAUACAAUUACAAAUAACAACAAACUGACCCCAACUGAAGCAUCCAGGCUCCCAGUAGACAAUAAGCAACCACUUGAGCGUAGUUCCUAUGCUGAAGCCCCUUAUUACAGCCAAGUUGGUGGCUACAGUUAUGAUGGGCAUGACCAUUACAGCUAUGGUGAACCAAAGAAGCAUCCACUACUCGACAUCUAUCUAUUAGCAGACAUGACCAAGGUAUACAAAGUGGGCAACACUAACCUAUCUAUCAAGGCACCCAAGAUUGGAGAUGCUAGCAAAUUUGUAGACACACAUUCACAUUAUGGCUACCAUGGUUACCAUUAACCUCUCCUCACCAUUAUAGCACACAGUGGUGUAACAGACACCAUAUACCAUGCCCCCAUAGAGUAGACAUUAAAACUUUCUUAACCUGCAAUUUGUUAAGCACAUUUGUUAUUGUGUGAAGUUGAACAGAGUUCAGGGUUCAUCCCAUUAAAAUCAAACACAUUUCCAUAUGAGUUUUGUCGAUCUGAAUAUCUCAGCAACUGCCUAUCUGCUCCAGUUGUAUAUAAAGGUACAAUAUAAUUAUGCUUGGGAUGAAAAGAAGCAUACUAUUCAAGAUUUACUUUAUUAUUUAGAGUCAAAAUAGUAUAGCAGGUUACUUACGAUCAUAUGGUGAUCCUCUAGUGUCAUAGUGACUUAUCAUCACUAGGGGUCAACUAAUAUGCCAAGUAUAAAAGUUGCCAAUACAUGGCAGGGGUGAAAAUAAGAGCAUGGCACAUUCCUGAAGGAGGGCAGUGACACUGCUAGCCAACUGAUGUUAUCAUGCUACUCUGUAUCUUAUACCACAGUUUUAUUUGUUACUUUUUACCUGUUUAAAUUUUGUUGCCAAGACAUGUGUUUAGUAAAAAGAAUACCUAAAAAUAAUACCUAAAAUACAAGGAGCGAAGACAUUUGUUCUGUCACAAGCAUAAACACAAACUGGACAACAGCUAUCUGAGGCCUGGUGGCUAAAGCUCCCGCUUCACACACGGAGGGCCCGGGUUCGAUUCCCGGCGGGUGGAAACAUUCCGACACGUUUCCUUACACCUGUUGUCCUGUUCACCUAGCAGCAAAUAGGUACCUGGGUGUUAGUCGACUGGUGUGGGUCGCAUCCUGGGGGACAAGAUUAAGGACCCCAAUGGAAAUAAGUUAGACAGUCCUCGAUGACGCACUGACUUUCUUGGGUUAUCCUGGGUGGCUAACCCUCCGGGGUUAAAAAUCCGAACGAAAUCUUAUCUUAUCUUAUCUUAUUAGGCUUUCCAUGGGUAGAGACCUGGUGUUUGUUAUGGUGGUUGGUUGUACAUGAUAUUUACAGCAGUCAUACAACAAAAAUUAUAGCAAUAAUCUGGGACUUUAUAGUUACUAUAACAAAGACAAGGUAGAAUGAACAAUUAGGUUGUGGAAAUUAUGACAGUAUGUAGAGUCAAACAUGGAGGAAGAGAGGGGUCAACCUAUGGGGCAAAUAUAGGCCAGAACCUGAAUUAACACCUAAAAAUUUUAGGGGUCAACACAUGCCGGGAUGACUUGAAUGCUGGCACAUAUGGUAUGUAAAUAUUCUGCAGUGCUGUAUUGAAUUAUUUUACAGGAUAUAAUUUUUUGUUUUGGAGGGGUCAGACUUCUCUAUAUAUAUGAGCAAUAUAAGCUGGAUUUAUAGUGCUCUGAAGCUGUAUUAGAAUAUACUUUAUGCAUUGUGUGCAUUUAAUUUUCCAAAUACUUAUUCUUAUUCAACCUGUACAAUACAACUGAAAAUAAAAUUGUAUGUUCAGUUGUCAAAUUUCAUAAAUUACCAUGACUAACAAAUAUUAAUGAUUUUUCAAUGAUAUUCAAGAUUUGAUUUUCUAAACAGUGUAACAUGACUUUCCCCAUUUCCCAAGACUUGUAUGAACCCUGAACUUCCACUGCUGCUACUAAUGCCAAACCUAAAUCUGCAUAUUGUCAAUGGACGCAAGUGAACUGUGAAUAAAUUGGCAUAUAUCAGCUACUGAAUUUGUAUUUAUUCGUAGGUUUAGAAUACCGAGGCAUUUUUUAAAAGAAAUGUACUGUGAUUUUUUUAAUAAAACAUUCAAUUGUGUUAAAAAAUUUCUUUACCCAUUUAAAGCUAGCAGUCACAUAAAUCAUAACCAGCAUGUUAUUUGUAUGUUUAUUUUUUAAGAAUCUUAAUAAUCCUGUUGUUUAGUUAAAAGCUAAGGAAGUUAUUUCAUGCAAAUCAAUAGAUGUAUAAAAUAUAUUAAAUAACAGGAGUUCCUCACUUA